ACUUGUGCCCUCUGGUGGGCGCUAUAGUUACUUCAACCUGCUAACCUGCUAAACCUGCUGAACAAGCGGAAUAAGACACAAAGUCUGGUUGCGCAUUCACAUUGAAAUAAAAAAAGAAAAUCUAGGGUGGUGCGCCACACAUUUAAUGUAUCUAUACAUUAAUACUCCACUAAAAAGGCACACCUGCUAAGUAAUUUAUUGUGUUCCGGUGUCAGACAAAACCGGAAGUUGCUGGAAGUGCAUGCUCUCGACUCAGUAUUAAUGACAGGCAGCAGUGGCACCAUCUUCUUCCAGAAGUUUCUUCUUCUAGAAUUUCUGCUGCCCGGCGGUGACAUGUGGAUUUUGUGGUUCAGACACGACACGGUGUUUAAAGUUGUGUGUUUAAGUUAAUUAUUUUUAAAAAACCUUCGAAUUUUGUUGCUAAGUCUAGAGUUGAAUACUAUGGUAGUGACCAGCGAGGGAAGCUAACCUUUCCCGUUCGCUCCGCAGCCACUGCCUCGCAGAGGCGCACAUACAGCAGGGGGACACGCUGUGGACGUGUCGCUUUCACGGAGCAGAGAGAGCAGAGAGAGUACACGCUGCUUUGAAUGAUGCUUUAUGAAGCGAGGGGGGAAUUGACCUGUUAGUGUGAUGGGUAAAGAUUAUUACAAAGUGCUGGGGUUAGCCAGAGGUGCGUCCGAGGAUGAGAUCAAAAAGGCGUACAGAAAACAGGCCCUGCGCUUCCACCCGGACAAGAACAAGUCCCCCGGAGCAGAAGACAAAUUCAAGGAGGUCGCGGAAGCCUACGAUGUCCUCAGUGAUGCCAAGAAAAAGGACAUUUAUGAUCGCUUUGGAGAAGAAGGAUUAAAGGGUUCGGCUGGAGGUGGUGGUGGUGGUGGAGGAGGACACAGUCGUCCAAGCUACAACUACACCUUCCAAGGAGACCCUCACGCAAUAUUUGCCGAGUUCUUUGGAGGCCGCAGCCCAUUUGAUCAUUUCUUCUCACAGGAUGGGGAGAAUGAUAUGGACAACAAUGACCCCUUUACGCCGUUCGGCAUGGGAGGAAUGGGUGGCAUGGGAGGAAUGGGAGGAAUGGGAGGCAUGGGAAACAUGGGAGGCAUGGGAAACAUGGGAGGCAUGGGUGGGUUUCCCAGGUCCUUCAAAACUCACACAGCAGGUCCUCACAGAGCACGUGACAAGAAGAAGGACCCGCCUGUAUUGCACGAGCUGAAGGUGAGCCUUGAGGAGGUUUUCGCUGGCUGCACCAAAAAGAUGAAGAUUUCCCGCAAGAGACUGAACCCGGACGGCUGCACCAUGCGAAACGAGGACAAGAUUCUAACAGUCGACAUCAAACGUGGCUGGAAGGAGGGGACCAAAAUCACCUUUCCCAGGGAGGGAGAUGAAACUCCCUCCAACAUUCCUGCAGAUGUGGUGUUCGUGAUGAAAGAUAAACCCCACCCAGUGUUCAGAAGAGAGGGCUCGGACAUAAUUUACCCUGCCAAAAUAUCACUCAGAGAAGCGUUGUGUGGAUGCACAGUCAACGCCCCGACACUGGAUGGCAGGACCAUCACUGUGACCUCCAGAGACGUCGUCAAGCCUGGAAUGAAGAAGCGGAUUGUUGGAGAAGGGCUUCCAUUAUCCAAGCACCCGGAGAAGAGGGGCGACAUGAUCUUGGACUUUACUGUUAAGUUCCCAGACAAACUCGGGCAAAGCACACGUGAUGCACUCAAACAGAUCCUUCCACCAUGACUUGAGAAGAUGAAAAGUCUGUUAAUAUCGCCAGUGACGCUCUUUCUGCGUAUCGUCAUAUUUUGGCCUGAAGAGUUUGAGUCAUAGGGUGGGUUUUGGUUCCAGAUGAUCACCAAAUCCAAAUUACUAACCAGUCAGUGUAAUGGGUAUCUUGAGACGUGUAAACUGAUACAGCAGCUGAGUGUGUGUGUGUGUGUGUGCGUGCGUGUGCGUGCGCGUGCGUGUGUGUGUUCAGCUGAGUGUGAGAAACAGUGUUGAGCAACAGCCUGCCACAAACUUCAGAUUCAAGUCGGUAAAGUAAGUCGAUGAUGUGGUUUGGCUUCAAGGAGAAAGUAAAAAGCAGAAAAACCAAGUGUGUAAGAAGGAAUUGAGCAGUUUUUUUUUUUUUUCUUAGUAACGAAGGAUCAGGUUUUUGCUUCAGAGGUUUAUGGGAUUGUUUUACAGUGUCACACAACCAGCUCAUUAACACAUACCUCAGGUGCACUGAUGUGUGCUUGAAUGUUGCUAUAACUGCAUUAACUAAGACGCGCACUAGAUAACAAAUUAUCCUGUGUGUUUUCUGAAAAGUUUGCUCUUACGUCUUCAGCUGUGACCAGCUCCUUCUCCUCCUCCUCCUCCUCCUCCCGCUGCUGCUGCUGCUGUCCCCUGUCUCUUGCUGACCAUUUAUAGGGCUACACCUCUUGUGAGUCGUCUGGAAAAACAUACUUAAAAUGUGCACAAGCCUAAAAGGCUGCUCCUCACAUGUGAAUGCUCCUUUUUAUCCACACUGUGAUUUACUGUAUAACAAUAAUACAUGUUUUCUGUUCAGGAAAGAAGGGAGUUGUUAUUUCUGCUCAGUGCAUCCAGCCAUUAAAGAUAGCUCAUUUUAAAAGAAAGAAAAAAAAAUCUUGUUUAACCAGGAGCUCACUCUACUCUUUAUUGUGAACAUAUUUGACUCUGUGCCAAUAAUUCUCUCUGUAUAAUUAUAAAAAUAGGUAUGUGAGGUAUAAACGUAUGUUGAGAGCAUGCAUAUCCCGUCAUAUGUGAUGAAAAUUAAUGAUAAAUCGUAAUCUAUUUACGUCAUUUGUACCCUUUGUAUGUAUGAUCAGUACACUUUGAUUUGUUACUACUCCGCUAACUUAAAGUGAGCCUUUUUUUUGUUUAAUUUUUCAUGAGACAUUGUUAACUGUUUUUUUUUUUUUACUGAGGUUUCAAAAGAAAUGCAGAAUUAAGACCCCAGUUUAAAGGCCUACAGAAUAUAUAUUUUUAUUUAUAUAGAGUAUGUAGUUCUUAUUAUGUGGUAUAUCACAUUUCAGUGAGGAAAAGAAGAAUAACCUCUAAUGAUUGUGGUGAUGGUGGAUAGAUGUUUGCAGACCAUUUGGUUCAUUUGCACAUUUUAAGUAGUUCCAGUGUUUACUUGCAUGUGUUGUGACUGUCAGAAAGUCAUUACCUGCCUCAGCCUACUCCUGCUGGAGUUUUAUGUUUCUAAUUGACACAAACAUGUGGUCUACAUGGUUGUAGAGAUGUGUAAUCUCUGUUAAUUUCAACUUUUUUUUUUGUUUAAAAAAGGAAUUAUAUAUUUUUUCUUUUAAGGAAAAAAAAGUAUCAACGUUUUACCUGUGGUUUAUAUUAUAGUUUUGAAAUUCCUUAGGGUUCGAUUCGGGGUUGACAUUUUUCACAACAAAUCCAUGAUUUGAUAAGCGGGUUACAUUUUUAAUAACUUUCUUAUGCUGUGAUGAUUUGCAGAUUAAAUAAACUGGCAUAUACCUUGAUUUA